CGAUGGCAGCCCUCUGGGCCGUAAGGGACACGCCCUGGGUAAAAAUACGAAUAACCAAGAUUCAGACAGCUCUCCACGGAACAGGCCUUGAAAAAAACUACAGAGUGACAGAGUAGAAAAGACCAGAGGGUAAUGAAAUUAAGAAAGAAAGUAACUUCGAGGGUGGACGUCACUCUUCUUCCCGUACACCAUUUUGACAUUCGGAUUAAAUAAGAGGAUGGAAAUAGGAAAAAUAAAUUCAAAGAAGGAAAACGGGGAAGAACUAAGUAAGGAAGUUGGCUCUGUUUUGCGGACUUACCUUCCACAGUCCCCUUGCUCCCUCUUGCUGAAAGGAUCUAAGGAGGCCGUAUCUCUGGUAUUGGCAACAAGGUCAUCCAAUGCGAUAUGUCUAACUGUGGGGCAGCCCCUGUCCCAGGACAGCAGUGACCGAGCCCUGGAAGCACAAGACGUGUCCAGCCCGGCACCUGGCACUUGGCAGCUGCUCAGUGAGGAUUUGUUGAGUGAAUUAUGCCAGGAAAUAGACAAAGAUAACCGGGAUCUGAUGUGGCCCUCCACUGCAGAGGAAGUCACAAAUACGGUACGGCUAAGGGGCAGGGGAGGACCUGGGAGCUCCUCCCAACUCUCUACGGCCCCAGGCGCUAACAGGGGCAAAGUGGGGGAAAGGACAAGGAGCGUAGGGACAGAUGUGAUCUAAAAAUGACUGAUAAACCUUCUGUUUGAUUAACAGGUUCCACUUUCUCCACACUGAACUUUGAACUCUAAACGGCUAGGCAGCCAAAAUGACUCUGUGUUGGAAAAACAUACCAAAAGAAGGCAAUUUUGAAAUCUGAGAUUAACAUUUCAUGCUCUCACGUGCUGUGCUUGAACCACAGUCACAUCAAACACCAAACAGCGACCUUAACUUCUCAUCGACAUCCCGACGUCCCGAGCAGCAAGCAAGCGACCUGAGUCGGCCCCUUGGGCU